AUGUCGGCCAUCCUGAAGACGCCGGCGACGUUUGCCGUCACCCCACAUAAACUCUCGAUAUGUGUUUUGGUUCAAGUGUACGCGCCGCCUUCUCAAACCUUGAUCCCAUUCCCAUUCUCGUCCGUCUCACAGCACAACCGUCUCGGCAUAUUCAUCAUAUCACUCACAAAGGCAUGUGAUGGGAUUUCGGAGCCGACGCUAGACGAGUUGAUUGCUCAGCUGAGGGAGGUUGGUGGCUUGCUUAAUCACUGGUUGAGUGAUCAUCUGACACGGAGGUUGUCGUCUCUGGCUUCCCCGGAUGACUUGUUUAAUUUUUUUGCUGAUUUGCGAGGUAUUCUUGGGGGCCCUGACUCCAAUGUUAUGGAUGAUGAUCAAAUUAUGCUCGAUUCUAACAGUAGUAUUGGGAUGUUUAUUCGGCGCUGCUUGCUUGCGUUCAAUCAGAUGUCAUUUGAGUGUGUGUGCCAUCUCUUAACAAGUAUAGGGACAUAUUGCAAGGAAUCCCUCUCAGGAUGUCCACCACAUGGUUUAUCGCAUUUGGAUGAUUCUGCUAAUGAUCCAAAUUCUUCAUGCGGAUCUGAGAAUAUGGACAUGGACAAUUACGUAUAUGAGAAGGUUAGUGAAGAUUUUGAAGAAACUAGAACAGGAAUUGAAAGAUCUCCUUUCUGUGGCCAGGCACCCGGAGUUCUCCCUGAAUUAGUUAAAGAUACUGGGGCCUCUUCGAGUCGAUGGCCACAACAUGCUGAUACAAAUGCAGCAGUUGGUUCUUCCGCGUUGUCUUCAAGUGAUAGGUCCAGAGACGUCGACUCCAUUAGUAGCACUUUCCUGCAUACAAAUUGGCAGGUUCAAGGUUACCUAUCAGAGCAAGCAGAUGCUAUUGAGAAAAACGGAAGCUCUUUUCCUUUAAAUGCUUUUGAGUCUAUACUAAAAAAGCUUCAGCAAUUGGCACCUGAAUUGCAUCGAGUUCACUACCUACGCUAUUUAAAUAACCUUUAUCAUGAUGACUAUCCGGGUGCAUUGGAGAACCUUCACCGCUACUUUGAUUAUAGUGCAGGGACUGAAGGUGUUGAAUGUGUCCCCCCUCCAUCUGGAUGCAGUAGCUUUGGAAGAUAUGAAGUUGCUUUGCUGUGUUUGGGAAUGAUGCAUUUUCACUUAGGGCACCCAAAGCAAGCUUUGGAAGUUCUAAGUGAAGCAGUUCGAGUCUCCCAGCAGUACAGUGAUGACACAUGCCUUUCAUACACGCUGGCGGCGAUAGCUAACCUCUUGUCUGAAAUAGGAAUAUCAGAAACACGUGGAAUUAUGGGAUCGUCGUACUGGCCUGUUGCUGAUAUAGGCACUUCGCUAUCUAUCCAACAACAGUUAUAUGUUCUGUUAAGGAGAUCUCUUAAGAGGGCUGAAAGUCUUAAGUUGAAGCGACUAGUGGCAUCUAUACAUCUUGAAAUUGCUAAAUACGACAUAACACAUGUCCAAAGACCAUUGGUUUCAUUUGGCCCAAAGACUUCCAUGAAGCUUAAAACUUACCCUGCCAAUGUCUAUAAGGAAUUAUGGCUUAGUUCUCAUCUAAUUAAUGAGUUUAGUGAUGAAACUUCAGUCAUGACUGCUGAUGGUGCUUUCUGCACGGCUUGGCUGAAAAGUUUGAGAAAACCAUCAGGCUCAUUAGUUCUUACCCAAGCAAAUGAAACCAGGAGCCACUCAGAUGCAUUUCAGUUCUCAGCACAGCCAAACUCUAUUCCUGCUUCAGUUUUACAGUUAGCAGGGUCUUCAUAUUUGAUUCGUGCUGGUUCAUGGGAGACGUAUGGCAGUGCUCCUCUAGCUCGAAUAAACGCACUGGUAUUUGCUACUUGCUUCUCAGAUUCUUCGAGUGUAUCUGAUGCUGCAUUAGCCUACUCCAAGCUCAUCCAACAUUUGGCUGUGUAUAAAGGCUACAAAGAUGCUUUUGCAGCUCUGAAAAUAGCAGAAGAAAAGUUCACGUGUGUUUCAGAAUCCAGAAUCCUGCUAGUGAAACUACAGUUGUUGCAUGAGUGCGCUGUACACAGGGGACAUUUAAAACUAGCUCAAAACUUCUGUGAUGAGCUUGGGGUUUUGGCCUCUCCUGUUACUGGUGUGGAUAUGGAGCUAAAAGCUGAAGCUAGCCUACGUCAUGCUCGAACUUUACUUGCUGCAAAGCAGUAUAGCCAGGCAGCAGCUGUUGCCAACUCUCUAUUCUCCUUGUGCUACAAGUUUAACAUGCAAGUAAAAAAUGCCACUGUUCUCCUAUUGCUUGCAGAGAUACACAUGAAGUCAGGCAAUGCUGUUUUGGGAAUUCCAUACGCUUUGGCUAGCCUUUCAUUUUGUCAGUCAUUUAACCUUGAUCUUCUUAAAGCCUCUGCAACACUAAUUCUAGCUCAGUUAUGGCUCUCUCUUGGAUCAAAUCAUGCAAAAAAGGCUUUGUCCCUUCUACAUUCUUCUUUCCCGAUGCUUCUUGGUCAUGGUGGCUUGGAGCUUCGUGCUAGAGCAUUUAUAACAGAAGCAAAAUGCUAUUUAGCAGACCCAAGCUUUUCAGUUUCGGAAAACUCAGACAUGGUUUUAGAACCUCUUCGACUAGCUUCAGAAGAACUUCAACUCUUGGAGUAUCACGAGUUGGCCUCGGAAGCUUUCUACUUGAUGGCCAUUGUAUAUGACAUGCUUGGGCAAUUGGACGACAGGGAAGAUGCAGCUUCUUCAUUUAGGAAACAUAUUAUAGCACUUGAGAACCCACAAGACAUGGAUUAUUCUCUCUAG